AUGCCUAAGCGUUCGCUCCCUUGGAGUGGCGAUCACGAAACUGAGUACGACGAAGAUUAUUCUCCAUAUACGAGAGUUCGUCUCAUAAUGCACAAUGGGCGUUACGAGGAUGAACUUGACUUGCUUCGGUUGAAGACUGCAGAACUACAAGCGCAGGUUACUGAGCUCGAUCAUGAGAUAGAUGAAAUCAUGAACUUAGACAUGGAGGACAUUGUUUCUCUCAAAAAGGAUAUACAUAUAUACUACAAUCAGUACCGUCAGGCUCGACUGCAGGUUCUCGAGCUACAAGAGGAACUAUCUAGAACACGAGAUGGAUCUCCGGAGCAAAGGCUUCCAAGCGAGGUCAAUUUGUGGCGAACUGAACUACCCGACUCUCAAGGUCAAAUCAGGCUGGACAUCAGGAGCUCUCAUUUGCAAAAUAGUCGAGAAGUCGCAUCGGCCGUCUCAGAUGUACAUCAGCACUGUGAAUCUUCCGAGGGUGAACCCUUUGUACCCUCAAUUGUCUCGAAGGUCGGAGAUUCAUCAAGUCACCAUGUACAAUCUGCAAGCUUGGUUACUCCAAGCAUAACCAACAGUUCAUCAGGGCAUGCUCAGAACUCAGUCACUGUUACCGAUCACGAAACGACUUCGCCCGCGAACAACGACGAAAUAAGCGCUCCACAAACACUUCCUUAUCCAUCUGAUGCUCCGUCUUUUGGAUGGUUCUAUGACGCCUACAUCUAUUUGAAUGUUGACCUGGGAAGUCGCUAUUUAAAGCUACUCUGUCGAUGGGUCGAACACGAGCGUAAGAAUCAGUGGAUAUGCCCCAAUGACUAUCGGGAAGGUUUUGGAAAAUUUCGUAGACCUUCCCUCUGCAAUAAGUGGAUCAGGAAUAGGCGCUAUUACCGCUUUCAAGCUGAUGUGGACAAAGAAGGCUGUUCAACGACGAAAUUCUCAUCCGAGGUUUGGGAUUGGUGGAGCACCUUGCAACCAAAAUGCGAACCGGUCACUGAGGGGGGGAUUUCUACCGCGGUUGACGGUUCUGAGGUGGUGUUGAAUCCUCUAAACAAGCAUGGGAAGCAUGGCUGGCCGGUCCUACUCGCUUGUGUCAAAUGGUGGGCAGUUGGGUUGCAGCAUUACUUCGACGAUGAUAGAGAGGAGCAGAAAGGCAAAUGGGAUGCCCUUGUAGAAGAUAUGAUAAAGACGUUGGAAGGGCUGUAA